UCUUCCUUGCAACAAUCGUUAAGCUCUUCCCCAUUGUGAAUCCUUCAUACUCAACGGUUCAAACCAACCCGUUAACUACUUAGUACACAACAUAAAACACACAAAUUUCGUCAAUUUUGUUGUUCAUUCACUGUCCCUUUAUCUGUUUUCACCUUCAAAUUAAGCUCAUUUUUUUUUACACAUUAGAACAAGCCAAGCAAGCACAAUGAUCUCUUCGGUCAAGUACACAGCAUCGUCUCUCACUUGUUCUGCUUUCUCAAGCAGAAAGCUUCCUGCUCCAAGGUCUCAACUUUUCACAUCACCCACAAUUCAAAAUGCUGAACAAAACAUGGGUCCCUCUCUGCUGUGUAAUUCCCAGAAACCUCUCUACCUUAAAUCCACUGAGAACUUGGCAUUGAUGAGAAGAAGGAACGUGACUGAGUUCCAGGCCUAUGAAGCAGACAGGUCAAGGCCACUAGAGAUUAACAUUGAGUUGCCAGGUGAAGAGGCUGCUCAGAGGCUCAAGAUUGGGUUAUAUUUUGCUACUUGGUGGGCUUUGAAUGUGGUCUUCAACAUUUACAACAAGAAGGUUUUGAAUGCUUUUCCCUACCCAUGGCUCACUUCUACUUUGUCCCUCGCUGCUGGCUCUCUCAUGAUGUUAAUCUCGUGGGCCACAAGGGUUGCUGAUGUCCCAAAAGUUAACUUGGACUUCUGGAAGGCCCUCUUUCCUGUUGCGGUGGCACACACAAUUGGGCAUGUUGCUGCCACUGUGAGCAUGUCCAAAGUUGCUGUUUCAUUCACUCACAUCAUCAAGAGUGGAGAGCCCGCUUUCAGUGUCCUGGUAUCAAGGUUCUUGCUCGGAGAAGCAUUCCCUAUGCAGGUUUACUUCUCAUUGUUACCAAUUAUUGGUGGUUGUGCACUAGCUGCUGUGACGGAGCUCAAUUUCAAUAUGAUUGGCUUUAUGGGGGCUAUGAUAUCAAACUUGGCAUUUGUAUUCCGGAAUAUAUUCUCAAAGAAAGGGAUGAAAGGAAUGUCUGUUAGUGGAAUGAACUACUAUGCUUGUCUUUCCAUGUUGUCUCUAUUAAUUCUCACACCUUUUGCCAUUGCUGUGGAGGGUCCCAAGGUAUGGGCUGCAGGCUGGCAAACAGCUGUGUCUCAGAUUGGUCCCAAUUUUGUAUGGUGGGUAGCUGCCCAGAGUGUCUUCUACCACUUGUAUAAUCAAGUCUCUUACAUGUCUCUUGAUCAGAUUUCUCCCUUAACAUUUAGUAUUGGCAACACAAUGAAGAGAAUUUCUGUAAUUGUCUCUUCCAUCCUUAUCUUUCACACUCCAGUUCAGCCCAUCAAUGCUCUCGGUGCUGCCAUUGCAAUUCUUGGCACCUUCCUAUAUUCACAGGCUAAACAGUAAGGUGGUAAUUUUGAAGCCGUUAUAUAUGUAACACAAGGGAACGAUGAUUAUGCUGGAGUUCAAAGAGUGUCACUGAUGAGGACAAUGAGGUCAAUUUGCUAGAUAUUUUGUUGUCAAAAGGAAUUUCAAACUGCUUUCUUUGGGGCCAUAGCAACGGCAUUUGUACUCACGUUUUGAUCUGUGUAAAUAGGCUUUUGAAGAAUGGACUGCACUAAAUAAGAACCAUAUGUCUGCUGUAUUUAUAUCUUGAGGCUUAAAGUUUUUGAAAAUUUUCUUGAAAAAUAUUAUUGUAUAAAUCUUGCAUAGCAACUGACACUGCUUUC